CUUCUCUUCCUGGGCUCCUCGGUGCCGCCGCCGGCUCGCUGCGCGCUCUGCUCUUCCAGCUCUGCGGACCGCAGCAGCCAUGGCCGACAUCAAGACGGGCAUCUUCGCCAAAAACGUGCAAAAGCGCCUCAACCGCGCGCAGGAAAAGGUCCUCCAGAAGCUGGGGAAGGCUGACGAGACAAAAGAUGAACAGUUUGAAGAAUAUGUCCAGAACUUCAAACGGCAGGAGGCAGAGGGUACCAGACUUCAGCGAGAACUCCGGGGAUAUUUAGCAGCAAUCAAAGGUAUGCAGGAGGCCUCAAUGAAGCUCACUGAAUCUCUACAUGAAGUCUACGAGCCAGACUGGUAUGGACGGGAAGAUGUAAAGAUGGUUGGUGAGAAGUGUGAUGUGCUGUGGGAAGACUUCCAUCAAAAGCUAGUGGAUGGCUCCUUGCUGACACUGGACACCUACCUGGGCCAGUUUCCUGACAUAAAGAAUCGCAUCGCUAAGCGCAGCAGGAAGCUUGUGGAUUAUGAUAGUGCUCGCCAUCACCUGGAGGCUCUGCAGAGUUCCAAACGGAAAGAUGAGAGUCGGAUCUCUAAGGCAGAAGAGGAGUUUCAGAAAGCACAGAAAGUGUUUGAAGAGUUCAAUGUUGACUUACAAGAAGAGUUGCCGUCAUUGUGGUCAAGUCGAGUUGGCUUUUACGUCAAUACUUUCAAAAAUGUCUCCAGCCUUGAGGCCAAGUUUCAUAAGGAAAUCGCAGUGCUUUGCCACAAGCUCUAUGAAGUGAUGACGAAACUCGGUGAUCAGCAUGCUGACAAGGCCUUCAGCAUUCAAGGAGCUCCCAGUGACUCGGGUCCUCUUCGCAUUGCAAAGACACCAUCACCUCCAGAGGAGCCUUCUCCCCUGCCCAGCCCCACGGCUAGUCCCAACCACACAUUAGCACCUGCAUCUCCUGCCCCAGUGCGACCCAGAUCACCUUCACAGACAAGGAAAGGGCCUCCUGUCCCACCUCUGCCUAAAGUCACCCCAACAAAGGAACUGAAACAGGAGAACAUCAUCAAUUUCUUUGAGGACAACUUUGUACCAGAAAUCAAUGUGACAACACCUUCCCAGAACGAAGUCUUGGAGGUGAAGAAGGAAGAGACUUUGCUGGAUUUGGACUUUGACCCUUUCAAGCCCGAUGUGGCUCCGGCAGGUUCUGCUGCAGCGACCCACUCUCCCAUGUCUCAGACAUUGCCCUGGGACUUAUGGACGACAAGCACUGAUUUGGUACAACCAACUGACUCUUCAAAAAGUCUUUCUAUGUGUAACCUCAUCAUGGAGGAAACCCCUGACAGUGGUUUGGCUGAAGAGAUUCAAAGAUAUGAAACUGACAUAGGUGCAUUCACUUGGGGGCCUCAUGCUAGGACAGACAGUGUCAGCCAGGAGAUGACCUCAAGUGGGUCCCAAGAAGACAUGCUCUGUCUCUCUGAAGCAGAGCAAGACAUGAGAUUAUCCACUGCAAUGCUUUCUUCUGCUGACUGUUCUACUGUAGCUGGUCAGGAUGAGGAUGCUCCUCCAGCUAGAAAUGAGCAGCUGUCCUCAGAGCCUGUUCCUGGGGCUGAAGUUGCUAUUACUACGUACAUGGAGAUGGACCAGCCAUAUGCAUUACUUGACUCAGAGCUACCAGCCGUCGGAAAAGCUGACCUGCUCAAAGAAGGUCAUGAAGAAGCUAAAAUAUCAGAUGGUGAAAUAAAACAGACACAGAAGUUAGAAGAUCCUAUGUGGGCUUCUGGGGGUUCAUUUAAUGAUUUCACCCAGGCCCAGGACACUUCAUUAUUCACCAUGCAGACAGAUCAGAAUAUGGUAGGUGGCUUGGCUGAAACUGAGCAGGCUCUACCUACAGAGCCCCAAGCCGAAGAGCCUCCUGCCACUGCUGCUGCACCUACUGCUGGGCUGGACCUUGGGCUAGAGAUGGAGGAGCCAAAGGAGGAGGCUGUGAUCCCUCCCGCAACUGAUACUGGCGAGACUGUGGAAACUGCAGUGCCAACUGAGGGUGCCCCGGUGGAGGAAGCAGAGGCAGAGAAGGCAGCCCUCCCUGCUGGAGAAGGAGGAAGUCCAGAGGGAGCCAAAAUUGACGGGGAAAGCACGGAGCUUGCAAUCAGUGAGAGCCCUCAACCAGUGGAGCCCGAAGCGGGUGCUCCUCAGGUCAUCCCUUCUGUUGUCAUUGAGCCAGCCUCCAACCAUGAAGGAGAAGGAGAACACCAAGAAACUGCUACGGGUACUGAACCGAGGGAGGCCGCUGAGGAUGUGGCUGCCCAGGGCUCAGCGGGUGAGAAGCAGGAAGUGGCUACAGAGCCCACGCCUCUGGAUUCUCAGGCAACUCUGCCUGCAUCUGCAGGUGCUGUGGAUGCCUCGCUGUCUGCAGGGGAUGCCACUCAGGAACUGCCUCCUGGCUUUCUCUACAAGGUGGAAACCCUGCAUGAUUUCGAGGCAGCGAACUCUGAUGAACUUAACCUACAAAGGGGUGACGUGGUACUCGUGGUGCCUUCAGACUCAGAAGCCGACCAGGAUGCAGGCUGGUUGGUGGGGGUGAAGGAGUCAGACUGGCUUCAGUACAGAGACCUGGCCACGUACAAAGGCCUCUUUCCAGAGAACUUCACGCGGCGCCUGGAGUAGGGCUGCAGAUGCUGCAAAUGGGUCACGUGACUGGGUUCUUAACCAUUCACGGAAUGCAGAGGCGUUCACUUUUGCUACUACACUCUUCAUGAUUGACAGACUGGUGCCAGAUGAGGCUUGGGAAGACGGAUCAAUAGAGCAUGUAUGCAAAAACUAUACGAAGAGGGGAAAGAGCAAAUUAAGGAAAGAGUCCUUACUCUGUUUCCUGCGUUCAUAGCGGUCUGUUUGUGCUUUGUCUAACAGUGAACACUGGUACUUGAUUCUCCUCCCACCAAGUCUAAAGUAGCCUUCUCCAGACCAGACUUUGACUUCUUUGCAUCAAGUGUGUGGUGUCGAGUGGUUGCCCUGCAGAUGUGAUGAGUUAUCCUGUAGUGAGACAUCAUCUUACUCCCUUGCCCGAAUUGUGAGCUCCUGCUCUCUUGCCCUUUCAAGUUUACUGCGUUUAAAACUGAACAGCUGCAAACGUUCUUAACGGUCUUCUCCAAUCACCUCUAUAUACACAUGUACGGACACACAGUCGCACAAGCUAGUCCCAUGCCUGCUGGACCUAUGUGUAUGCAGAUGGCUACAUAUACAUAGCUGAUCCCUUCCCUUUCCACUGUAGCUCUUCUCCUCUAAGUGUCAUUGAUACACGCAUUGCUCUUAUUUGUCGGCAUUACAGCUGCAGUUUUGCCUUGGGGCAAAACCAUUCAUCCCAUUGCCAAAACAGUUGACAGUGUCUGUGUGUGUUGUGUGCAGUUUUCAGGAUGAUAUAACAGAUAGCGCGUCCACGCUGCUGCCCCUUUGGAAAGAGCAGGGCCUGGUUAUGUAGCUGCCCAGCUGCUCAGUCCAGAUAAAUACAUGGACUAGCAACUAUGCAGUCAUCAUUCCUGCCUUUACGUGAUUGGCUGGACGAGGGGGCAAAAGAACCUAUUUAUAAAAGCUCCUAUAUACUUCCACGUUCUAUUUAUGCAACUCAUCUUCACAGAUCAUUCUAAAAUGAACGAGGUGAUGUAUGCUGUAUCAGAAACCAUCUGUAACAGUUGUGUUCUCAGUGCUGUGUCAUUCCAAAUAAACCUUUGGUAAUCUCCAAGUUA